UCGUCCUUGACGCCAUUGCACUUGCCUUUCCACACACUCAUCUACGCAUUUCCAAUACAUCUCUUAUAUACACACACACACCCUCUUUCAUUUUUUCCUCUUAUUAACUGAUGAUUGACGUUGUGAUGAUCAGACCUUUGAGUUUCCGUCAUGAGUGAUGGAUAGAGCUGGGUGGAUUCAUCAUGAUCAUCACCGUCAUCAUCACAUCUCACCCAGCUGUCCUCGCUGUGGAUCUUCCAACACCAAGUUCUGCUACUACAACAACUACAGCUUAACUCAGCCAAGGUACUUCUGCAAGGGCUGUAGAAGGUACUGGACUAAGGGUGGGUCUCUGAGGAAUGUUCCUGUUGGUGGUGGUUGCCGCAAGAGCAGGAGAGCAAAAUCUUCUUCUAGGCUUUCAAACUCUGAUCAUGGCGUCUUGAUCAUCUCCAAGAACAGUGGUAGUAAUACUACUUCUACCCAUCUGGGUUACAGGGGUAAUGACAAUGACCCAGUUCAAAAAAUGGAUUCUUUAGCUGAUUCCAGUUCGGUUAUGGCGGAUGGGUCACAUAUUGAUCUUGCCCUUGUUUAUGCCAACUUCUUGAAUCAACGGCCGCCGGAGCCGGCGGCGGAUUCUAAGUCUGGAAUGAUCGAGGUGGCGGAAUUGCCAGCUAGUGAGUUUGGUAUUCCGAGUUCUCUAGGGUUUCCAUAUGUGGACGCGAGUAGUUCUGGAUUGAACCAAGAAAAUAGAGUUCUUGAACGUCUGAAUUACUCUGAUUUAUCUGCCGACCCUAUGGUCUGUUCAUCUGGAUUCGACCCGGUUCAGAACCAUGAGUGUAGCAGCCAUGAGAGAUCUAGACAUGAUUAUGGGUUGCCGCCAUUGCCAGGUGAAGGUGCAGCAGCUUCAUGGCCAAACUCCUCUCAUGUGAUAAUGGAGAAUGAUCAUGGGAUCCAAUUAGCAGGACAAGACCCGGUGCUGGGACCCGAUCAAGGACAGGACCCGAAUCUGUUGUUUGGUAAUUGGAGCUCAUUUGAUUUGUCUAUUGAUUAUGCCUUCUCCAGAAGUUUGUGA